GCCGGGCCUUGCGCGGCGGAGCUCGCCCGCCCCGGCGCCGGAGUACGGGCGGGGCGGGGUGGUCCGGUCCCACCCCCGCGGGCGGAGCCGGGUCCGGUCGACAAGAUGGCGGCGGGCCUGAGGGCGGUGAGGCGCUGGGGGCUGCUGGCGGCAGCAGCGUCGCCAUCACCCUCCCCCGCUUUUACUCGUUCUGUAUCUGUUGUGAAAGAAGCGAAUAGUGGCCAACCAAACUGGCUGGGAGUUGGCAUGGCGUUUGGCACCAGUGCUGUCUUGUGGGCUUUUCUUAUCAAGGAGCAUAAUGAAGAUGUAAUGGAAUAUGAAAGAAGAAAACAAGAGAGGCAACAUAAGUGUACGGGAUGUUCAUAGCUGGUGACAUGGUCACAAAGAGAUGUGCACUACAGGGCAAAGUGUACGUGGUCGUUGUCCUACCAAUGAAUGAGCACAGAAGAAGUAAAAAGCUCUCUAAUUACCUGUAUGUUCAUACAUUUCAUGUGAAUAAUUAAAAUAAAUUAAAAAGUCUAGAAUAAACCUGAAACUAAUUUCUUUGCCAUUAAUAUUUCAUUCUGCUGGUCUUGAAGUUGUUUUAUGUGGCAUUUCCAUUU